CUAAGAAAAAUUUGUUUUCUCUCUCUUCCCUUUCUCUCUCACGAACCAGCCUCAGGGCUCUCUCUCUCUUCUCUCUCUCUGAAAGUGAAGCGGAAAAAACCCCUAAAAACCUUUGAUCUCGCCGGGUUUUGAUCUCCGUCACCGACGACGGUGAGAUUAUUCUACUGUAGUUUUGAAUUUUUUGACAGAUUAAGCCGGAUCAGAUCUGGGCUAGGGUUUUUGGUUUCUGUGGAAAGUCCAUCGAAGGAGGGAGGAGGAGGUUAAUUUGUGAACUGAAGGGAAGGAGUGAGGCGGAGCUGAGACCGAAUCGGAGCAGAAAUGUACAAGAACCAGCUUCAAGAGCUGGCGCAGAGAAGUUGUUUCAAUCUUCCCUCGUAUACCUGCAUUAGGGAAGGACCAGACCAUGCGCCAAGGUUUAAGGCUACUGUUAACUUCAAUGGCGAGAUCUUUGAAUGCCCUCAGUACUGCUCUACCCUCCGUCAGGCCGAGCACUCCGCCGCUGAGGUCGCUUUGAACGCCCUCUCUAACCGUGGUCCCCCUCAUUCGCUUGCCGCUAGGAUCCUGGAUGAGACAGGGGUUUACAAAAACCUCCUGCAGGAAAUUGCUCAAAGAGUUGGAGCGCCAUUGCCACAAUAUACAACAUUCAGAUCAGGCCUUGGUCACCUACCUGUUUUUACAGGGAUAGUAGAAUUGGCUGGAAUAACGUUUACUGGAGAACCUGCCAAGAACAAAAAACAGGCAGAGAAAAAUGCUGCAAUGGCAGCUUGGUCAGCUUUAAAACAAUUGGCUAAAGAAUCAGCAAGCUCUUCAUCGGAACCAGAAAACAACGAUGAGCUGGAGCAGAUCACUAUAGCUCGAGCCUUAUUGAAUUAUCGCCAAAAAGAAAAAUUGGCCAUGUCAAAUCCAAAUGCAACAAUACCAUUCCACAAAAAACUUCAAAUUCAAACUCCAAGGCCAACGAGUCCCCAACGUCCCCCUGCUCCCACAUCAAAGAUUCUUCCCUUAAUUUGCCAAAAGGCUGCUCCUCGAAGCAGAGCUCCAUUUUCAGCAAAUAAAAUCCCCAUUCCUCAAUCCCAAACUCCUACACUAGAAGGCUCUGGAACCCGCGCCCAGAAGUUCAGUGCCGGAGCUGCUCUUUCUUACAUUCCCGUUCAGCAGUUUAGAACAUCUUGCCAUGGUAUUGCCCCACCAGUUACAAUUAGAACAGCAAUGCCUGUGUAUUCUGCCCCGCCUCUACCGCAACCAUCGAAGCUUCCACCACAGCAAGUAAUUCGAGUCCCACCUGUACGGAUCGCCCCACCUGUUUCUAUUAGGCAAGCAAUUCCUGUGUUUGCUGCUCCCCCAGUACGCAAGGAAAAUCCUCCUGUAGUUAAAAAAGAAGAAUGUCCAGCUCCAGCUGCUCCAAAAGAUGACCCUACUGCUCUUUCCGCGUCCGUGCCCUCACCGACCACUGUAUCACCGCCCGUGCCCUCACCAUCCACCGUAUCACCGCCCGUGCCCUCACUGCCCACCGUAUCACCUCCUGAAGUAGAAGAAGCUACAUCCACAGUGGUGAACAGUCAGCAAGAAACUAAGACAUUAGAGAACCUCGAACAACUCAAAAUAUGAUGAGGUGAUUCAUUAGAAAAGACCACAUAGGAGAUUGUCGUAUGGUUUUGCAGUAAAGUUAGGUUAUCUCAUCUGCAUCUUAUUUUGAGUGUCAACCCUUUUCUUUUUUCAUCUUUUUUUUUUUUUUGCCCGUUUUGUUAAAACUUGAGUUGUUGAGAGGUGGAAAAAUUAGUAUCAGCAUCCCUGCAGCAAUGCCAUUUCAACAGCAACUGUGUCAACUUAUGUACUUAUAUAUUAGUAUCUUUGGGCAUGUUGUCCCAUCUUCUCCAAAAA